GAGAGCGCUUGGGAGGCAGCCGGGAUGAUGAGCUGACCCCUCUACUCCCUAUUGUCAGCACCAUGUCUUCCCUCAACACUGAGGAUACCCCCCAAGAGCCAUCACCCUCACCCUCAAGCUCUAAGAAGAAAAAGAAGAGAAGGAAGUGGCCACAGCAAGAGGCCAGCAUCCGAGCUCUCACCAGCGCUGGCCACAGAGCCCUGCUGGCUGGCCAGAACCACGAGGCCUUGACCAGCUUCCAGAAGGCCUUAUUCCUGGCUUCCAAGGCACCACAAACCAGGGAUACCCCUGUUCUCCAGGCCUGUGCCUUCAACCUGGGGGCUGCCUACGUGGAGACUGGGGACCCAGCCAGAGGCCUUGAGCUGCUCCUACGAGCCCAACCUCAAGAGAAGGCCCAGGGCGGGAGUCACGGAGACCAGUGUUUCAAUGUAGCUUUGGCCUACCAUGCCCUGGGCGACCUGCCUCAAGCUUUGGCCUGGUACCACAAGGCCCUGGGCCACUACCAGCCGCUAGGUGACCAGGGGCAAGCCCAGGCGAAAAUGGGAGCCUGCUACCAGGCUCUGGGACAGCCUGAGCUAGCAGCCCACUGCCUGCAGGAAGCGAGCCAGGCCUACACCCAAGCAGGGCAGCCCCGGGCUGCAGCCCUGGCAUUGGGGGCUGCAGCGGGGUGUCUGCUGAAGAGCGGGCGGCAUGGGGUGGGUGAAGUUGUGCAGGUGCUGGAGGAGAGCCGGAAGCUUGCUGAGAGGAGCCCUGAGCGGGAACUGCUGGGGCAACUCUAUAACGACCUAGGUCUGAGCUACUCCCAGCUCCAGCUGUUCCCGCUAGCAGCAGAGGCCUUCCAGCAGGCCCUGCCCCUGUGCCGGGGGCCAGGAGAGGAGGCCACAGUGCUAAGAAACCUUGGGAUGACCCACAAUGCCCUCGGCAACUAUCAGGAAGCCCGGGAGUUCCACCAGAAGGCUGCCAACCUGCAUGGCUCUGUGGGGCAGCGGUGGGAGCAGGGCCGGAGCUUUGGCAGCCUGGCAUUUGCACUGAGCCAGCUUGGGGAUCACAAGGCCGCCAGAGACAACUACUUACAUGCUCUGCAGGCUGCCCGGGACACUGGAGACGUGAAGGGGCAAUGGCAGGCCUGCGAGGGUCUGGGGGCUGCUGAAGCCAGAUUGGGGCAGCAUGACCAGGCCUUGAAAUAUUACAAAGAAGCGCUGGCCCGGUGUCAGAAGGAGCCAGAUUCUGUACGAGAGCGGCUGGUGGCCAAGCUGGCGGAUGCCAUGAGGACCCACUUGGCCCAGGGUGGGCUGGUCCCGACUUGCACCCUGACCUCAGCUCCAGGGAGGCCCCAGGCUCCGGGUGGAGACUUCCUGGUGGCAGGAACCCAAACCAUGGUGGGAAGGGGCUCGGCAGGAGUGCGGCACAGAUCUUUGGGUGAGUGGGAAAAUGAGUUAGAGGACGGCCACGAGGAGAAAGUGGAAGAAGAGUCGGUGAAUGUUCCCGAGAUGUCUGGAGCACCAAGACCGGAGCGUGAGUCUAAGUGUCUCUUUUCCACCAUGAUGGUUCUUGGUGCAGGGAGGCCUGGGAUGAAUGUGUCUGUCCUUCUCCAUCCAGGUCCAGGACCCAGGGCCCAUCUCCCACUUGGAGGCCAACGCCCCCUCAGAAUGGAUGACCCUGGCCUUCUGGUACCCAGUGGCCCCCAAGCCAAUAGGUCAUCCAAACAGCCCAGGGGCACACCCAACAGGAACGCUCAGAGGAGACCCACGGAGUCUGGCUUCUGCAUGAUCAUGUGACCCCGCCCUGCCGGCCACAGCAGCCCUGCCCCAGCAAGCACUCUUCAGGGGCUUCUGGAACUUGGCUCCUUCCCUGUCAUUUCCAGCGAGCAGUGUAUGGACAUCAGCAAUCGGGCUCCCGAGCAGGCUGGACAAGGGCCUACAGUCUCAGCCCUGAGGCAUGCUGUGUG